CUCUUUUGCUCACUUUUCAUUGCAUCCCCACGCACACAACAUACGACGCAUAAAAAAAAAAGUAACAAAGUCAUGCCAACUCCACAGGAACUUGAUGCCAUGUCAGAGGAAGAGCGCGCUGCAGUUGAGGCUGCUGCACGCAAAAAGGAAGCUGAAGAGCAAGCAGCCCUUCCAUACAAAUGGAGGCAGACUUUGAUCGACGUCGAUAUUUCUGUUGAAGUUCCCAACGGUACCCGUGGAAAAGACCUCAUCGUCGAGAUCAAAAAAAAAUCGCUCAAGGUUGGCUUGAAGGGUCAGACACCCAUCAUUGAGGGAGCCUUGUUCAAAGACGUCAAGCUUGAUGACUCCACCUGGACGCUCGACGGUCGGGAGGUCAACAUUCAUUUGGAAAAAUUCAAGGGCACAGAGUGGUGGAAAUGUGUUAUCGAAGGUCAUCCAGAAAUUGACACCACGAAGAUCACACCCGAGAACUCUAAAUUGAGCGAUCUAGAUGGUGAGACCCGUGGAAUGGUUGAAAAGAUGAUGUUUGAUCAAAGACAGAAAGCUAUGGGCCAGCCGACCAGCGAUGACCUCAAGAAGGCAGAAGCGCUGAAGAGAUUCCAAGCUCAGCACCCAGAGCUCGAUUUCAGCAAUGCCAAGAUGGGCUAAGCAUCAUUUGAAACACUUGAGGGGACAUGUAGAUUGAAACCAAAGAACAUGCUACGUUGAUCAAAUUGCAGCAUCCGCUACUUGAAGUAUUCCAUCCAAACCAUCAAGGAUAUGGUUGUGAAAAGUGAUCAUGAAGUGCAGAAACGAAUAAAAAAAUAAAAAAAUAAAAAUAAAAAAUAUCUUAC